AUGCUUCGCCCCGCGACGCCCCUAUCCAUAUUGUUCUUCGUCGCCUUCUGUCUGCUGCUGCUGUCGACCCUCUCGACGCCCGUCAUUCCCGCCAUCCCCCUUGCCACCUACCGCGGCACCAACUUUGGCGUCCUGGGCUACUGUCCCAAUGGCGGCAGCUGCAAAGGCCCCAUGAUUGGCUACGACACGGAGACUUUGUUCCAGGAUCAGCCAGACACCGACUUCUCCCUGCCCGCAGCUUCGCGCCAUGCCCUCUCCUCCAUCCUCAUCGUGCACCCCGUCGCCGCCUUCAUGACGCUGAUCUGCUUCGGACUCGCCAUCGCUGCUCACUUCCACUCGCCCGCCCACUCGCCGCGCUACCUCCUGGCCCUGCUCAUCUUCACCUUUCCCACCCUCCUGGUCUCGCUGCUGGCCUUCCUCGUCGACAUCCUGCUCUUCGUUCCGCACGUUGCUUGGGGAGGAUGGAUUGUCUUGGCUGCCACCAUCAUCAUUGUUGCGAGUGGAAUCGUGACAUGUGCCAUGCGCAGGACCCUGGUCAGUCGCAAGGCACGCAAGAGGCGCAUCGCAGAGAACGACGACAUGAACGGCCAGACCUACUACGCAAAUCGCCCCAGUGAUGCGAGAGUGACCACCGAGUUUCCCAAGGCCGAAUCUCCGCCGCCCAUGUCAAACGACACCAUGUCGUCUGGAAUCAAGGACAACGAAUACGCCUCCUUUGAGCUUCAGAAGCAGCACUCGCCCGAGGACAUGACGCCUCUCAACCAACGCAACCCUUCGCUCAAGACGAACAGCAGUGCUGGAAGAGAUGGCUCAGACCCCAUGGUUGCGCCAAUGCGCGGUCCCUCGGGCCGUGGACGCCAGCCAGUCGACCAGUACGGGAACCCCAUUCCACCAAUGCCCCAAGAUCAGUACAUGAUGAACGCUGGCCCAGGCGGUCAACGCGGCAGAGGCGGCCCAAUGCGAGGACGAGGCGGGCCCCCUCCCCGAGGCGCUCCUUACGGCGUACCUGGUCGAGGAGGAUUUGGCGGACCAAGAGGAGGCAUGCGCGGUCCCCCGCCCCCAGGCUGGCAAGGUGGCCGUGGCGGCAUGCGCGGCGGACCUGGUGGAAUGGGCCCUGGUCCUAUGGGACGAGGCGCGCCUCCUCCUGGCUACAACAACUACAGCCAAGCUCCUUAUGGACAAGGUCCACCGCCGCGUGAGCAUUCACCAUACGGCCAAGGCAACAGGGGUGCAUCACCUCAACCUCCUCUCGCCAUAGGACAAGCGAUCGAGAUGGACUCGCGUAUUGGUACCCCGCCUGUGAAUCCGAUUCAAAACGCAAACUACGGUCUGCGAGACAGUGACGACGACGUUCAGGGCAUGUUGGCGCUUCAGCAGGGCGGUUUCCCAGCGAGCUCGCCGCAGCGCAGGCCCUCUGACUUGACGAGCCCAACCAGCGCAUACUCUCAAGAGGAGCUUCUUGCACCGCAAAAACAGCAGCAGCCGCAGCAACAGCAGGGCCUCCAACCACCACAGUACCUCCCCGUCCGCUCCAACUGGAAUCAAGAGCGCCAGCCCUCCGACAACUCCAAGAACAGCGCCAACAGCCGUGGCCUCUCCCCCAUCAUGGACUCCCCCGUCGAGAUGCCUGCCCAGCUUUCCCAAGUCGGCGGCUUCGCACCGCCCAACCACAACCACUCCAACAGCAUCGACCACAGCUCCGACUACUACGAGGACGUGGACCCCAAAUUCGCCGAGCCCGUGCGCCAGAACCCUCCACCCAUGCCGUCGUCGCUGGUGCCCGGCAACAUGCCCGGCGCAUACUCGUCGAACCCGAACCUCCUCUCCGCACCCCAGCAGCUAAACGACCCCAACCUGCCAAGAACGUCGAGCUACGACGACCUGCCUGACGGCUCACGAAGUCCUGCAGCGUCCGAAGCGUCCCACUUCACAUCUGUAUCCCAGCGCCCCGUGAACCCAAACUGGCGUCCCGAAAUGGGCGCUCCAGCCGGCAACUUCGGGCCGUACAAUGGACGUGGCGGCGGUAGGCCUAUGAGGCCCGAAGAUGUGAUUCUCGACGCCAACGCCGCGAACCCGGACUUUGCCAUUCCUGGUGUUGGCAUGGGCCGCGGACGGGGCAGGGGAGGCUUCAGCGCACGAGGAAGGGGGAGAGGCAUGCCGCCGCCGGCUACCAUGAUGGGUCAGCAGAACGGACUACAGGCGCCAGGGCGGUAUCCAGGGGCGAACGCCAUGUAG